CGGUCAGGCUUUGGAUGCCAUUUCAGCUGUCAGCACUGUGACAAAUCCUUCACAACAUCAGGAUAUUUAAAGAUUCAUCAGAGAGUUCACACUGGAGAGAAGCCUUACAGCUGUGAUCAAUGUGGGGCAGCUUUCACACAACAGAGUACCCUGACAAGACAUCAACGCAUUCACACUGGAGAGAAGCCUUACAGCUGUGAACAAUGUGGGGAAACCUUUUCUCAGAGUAGUAACCUUAAAAGACACCAGCGCAUUCACACUGGAGAGAAGGCGUACAGCUGUGAGCAAUGUGGGGAAACCUUUUCUCAGAGUGGUAACCUUAAAACUCACCAGCGCAUUCACACUGGAGAGAAGCCGUACAGCUGUGUACAAUGUGGGGAAACCUUUUCUCAUAGUGGUAGCCUUAAUACUCACCGGCGCACUCACACUGGAGAGAAGCCGUACUGGUGUGAACAAUGUGGGGAAACCUUUUCUCAGAGUAGUAGCCUUAAAACUCACCAGCGCAUUCACACUGGAGAGAAGCCGUACUGGUGUGAACAAUGUGGGGAAACCUUUUCUCAGAGUGGUAGCCUUAAAAGACACCAGCGCGUUCACUCUGCCUCGUUGUGAACAUGUUUCAGAGCCAAGCUGUUUCCUCCUCCU